UCAUACGCGCACACUCACAGAGACAGCAGCUCGUGUCAGGUGCUAUGGAUGAGCAUCUCACCCACACCUGCGUUUACUAAACAAAAACACUUUAUUUAAAAAAAAAACAUUUUUACGAGAAGACUUGAGCGCAUCUCCUCUGUUAUGGACCGACUGGAUGAAUGGGGCUUCACGACCAGGAGCAUGAAGCUGGAGGAGGAUUUCUACUUCGACUACGGAGCGGAGGAAAUAACAGAUUAUCAGGACCCCAGUGAACUUGUGGUGGCUCUGAAACAAAAGGAGGAAGAGGUUAUUUUGGCAGCUCAGCUGGGAAACGCUCUGCUCCUGGAAAACCGAGAGCUGAAAGAGCAGAGCGAGAAACUCCACGGGCAGUACGCAGACAAGCUGGAGGGGCUGGAGCAGGGUCGGCAUGAGCUGCGGUUGAAGCUGGAGGGCUGCCAGUCCCAGUGGGAGAGCCAGGUGGGGGACCUGGAGAGGGAUGUGAGGGAGCUGAGCGCCCAGGUGGAGCGGCUCACCCUGGCGCUCAGCGAGGCCGAGAAGGACAAGAGUCGGGCCCAGCUGGAGCACAGCGAGCACGCCCAGCGGCUCAGGGAGGAGCUCAACACAGCGAUGGAGGUGGAGCGGGCCGUGUCCAGCGAGCUGCAGGCUCUAAAACACGAGCUCCAGCAGAAGGGAAGCCACAACAGGCCACAGGAUGAGGAGCUGAUCAGUGCCAUGAGGGAGCAGGUGUUGCGUCUCACCCAGAAGGAGCAGGGGCUGGAGGAGCGUUUGAAGAGCGUUUGUCAAGAAAACUCUGAGCUGAGGACGAGUUUGGCCUCUUUACACUCACGUCUGGCUCUGCACGACCAACUCAACCAGCAGCACAGCCAGCAGCUCGCAGAGGCGUGGCAGGAGGUGGAGGUAGCCCGGGGUCGCUCCCAGCAGCUGCAGGCCCAGGUGGACGAGCUUCAGGAGGAGGUGUCCCUGCAGGAAGCCAGGAGCCAUGGAGACGCCUCCCUGCUGUCUGAGCUGGAGAGCAGCCUGGAGACGGCAGGGCUGGGAGUCAGCAAAGAGGAGAUAACACAAGAAAUGGGGUCCAUCCUUCAGUUACUACUUCCACUGACCCAGGAUCCGAGCUGCAAAGCGGGGUCAGAUUUCCCGGAUCAACGGGAUGACUUGCAGGCGGUGCUGCUCCGGCUGAAGGGAGUGGCCCAGACCCUGGCGCAGGGAUCCAGCCCUCAGGAGCUGAAUCUGGCUUUUGUCGACAGGACCGGUGAUCAGUGUGGGAAUAGGAGUGAGGCACAGGAGCUGAGGGAUCAGAAUGUCCAGCUGCAGCAGGAAAACACUGAGCUGAGACAGAAGCUGCAGAACGUCCAAGAACAAGGUGAAGUUGUUCAACAGGCCAUCAGAGACCGAGAUGAAGCCAUAGCCAAGAAAAACCUGAUGGAGGUGGAGUUGGUGCGAAGUAAAAACGACAUGAUGUCUCUGAACAACCAGUUAUUAGAAGCCAUUCAACGUAAACUUGAACUGUCCCAGGAGCUGGAGGCCUGGCAGGAUGACAUCCAGAUCAUCAUCAACCAGCAGCUGAGGUCCCAGCAGCAGUCGGAGCAGACUCAGAAGAAACCUGCCUCCAACAGCACGUCAUUUUUCCGCAGGCCCAGCAAGGUGGCCUCCACCUGGACCCUCCAGCCCACCUCGUCCUCAUCCUCAACCUGGAGUUCAGACAUUAAUCCAGACAAACCCCAGUCCCCCUGGAGGGACUGGUUAAGACGUGGGAAAGGAGCGCAGUAUGGCAAAUAAAGGACGCUGAGUAUCAGAGGACAGAGGGACGUCAUAACUGAACUGAUUAUGUUUGGUGCUAAAGAGCCAUAAAGACACUUUGGAUUCAGUGAUGAACAACAUAGCCACACUGGACUUUUCAAACAGACACCGACUGAAAGACAUUUUACUGAGAGGCUGAGCCUUCAUUAAACCUAAAAUGUGACAACCUGCAGCACUGUCAUGUUCACAGAAUCACGCUCAAACGUUUGCUUGAGACUGUAAAUAUUGUGCCUUAUUUUGUAUUAAUGUGAAUGUCAUUCUGUCUGAGACUUUAUAUCAUAUACUGUGCAUACUACUGUAGAUAUAGACAAGUAGAGAGUAUUUGUUUGGAUUAUUUAAUGUAACAGAACAAAGAAAAAAUGUAAUGUCAGGAAAGAAAUAUAAAGAUUUCAUUUGUUAAAAAGAGUUUAAUUUGUUUAAGAAACACUAUGUUUACUGACAAAGCUGUUUUUCUAUAAUUUUGUUCCUUUUUUGUUUUCAAUAUAAAACAAAUAUGUUUCUGAAUAAUCUGAAUAAUGGUGAAGCAUUUGUGUGUGUGUGUGUGUGUAGCAGACACACAUACUGUAUGUGUAUGUACUGUGACUCAGUGUUCACUAUCAAAGCUGCUUAGUUCAAACUGUGUUGUGUCCUAAAUUGUGUGACUGAAAACUUCUGGAAUGAUUUGCCAGAACAUUUCAUAAAGAACAAAUAAUCCUGUCA